CCCACGUCGUAGAGGCUUCCUGCACCAAAGGACCUCCACCUACGGGUGCUGGGAUACACUGAGGGACCCCCAAAAACCCCAGUGCCACUGGGGACCCCUCCCAAGCCCAUGGAUACCCCCCCAGUGCCAUCAGGGACCCCAUCCCAUGCUCCCCUCAAGGUCAUGGAUACACCCAGCACCACCAGAGACCCCAUCCAAUGUCCCCCCCGAGCUCCCAGAUCCCCCAGAAUCACUGGGCACCCCAAGGCAAGGCCCAACCCAGCCCAUGGAUACCCCCCAGGGCCAGUGGGGACCCCACCCCAAGACCCUGAAACCCCCCAGUGCUAAGGUGAACACCAUCCCCUGAACCUCCAAGCCUAUGGAUGCUCCCAGUGCCACUGGGGGCCUCCUCUCAGGCCAUUCUGAGCCCAAGGAUCCCCCCAGUGCCACUGUGGAUCCCAACCCCAGCCCCCCACCAGCCCAUGGAUCCUCCUACCACCACCACCGACUCCAUCCUGUGCCUCUCCCAAGCCCCUGUGUGCCCCCCAACACAUUGGAGAUCCCAUCCCAAACCCAUGGGUACCCCCAGUGCCAUCAGGUACCCCAUCCCAUGCCCCCCCAACCAAUGAGUACCCCCAGAGCCACUGGGGACCCUAUCCCAAGCCCAUGGACACCCAUCAGUGCUUCUGGGACCCCUCUCCAAGCUCCCCCUAUUCCUGUGGGUGCCCUUCUGCACCAGGAAUCCCCCCAGUGCGGAGGUCUCACAUGGGGUCGCGCCCCUUUGUUAAGCCACGCCCAUUUACUGAAGCCACGCCCCGGCGUCCUUGCGGGUCCUCCCAGAUCUCAGCUCCGCUAGGGGGCGCCUGUAGCAGCGGCCUCCUCUGGCCGCCGCUCCGCGCUCUGUCGCUCCGUGACGUCACUUCCGGGAGGCGCGGAAGGGAGGCCGCGGUGAGUGGCGGGCCCUGCCGGCAGCACCAUGUCCUCCGAGUCCAGCAAGAAGAGGAAGCCCAAGGUGAUCCGCACGGACGGGGUCCCAGCCGAGGGCAAGCGGGGCAAGGGCGACACGGACCAGGAGACACAAACACUCCUCUGGAGAGUGAGCACAAAGCUGGAAGAUCCCUCAGGGAUUUGCAUGGUGCCUUCAAACCCUCCCGAUGCCAGGUACUACAGUGAGGAGAGCGAGGUGGAUCUGCGGGACCCCAUCAAGGACUACGAGCUCUACAGAGAGACCUGCCAGGAGCUCCAGAGGCUCAUGGCAGAGAUCCAGGAGCUGAAGAGCCGGGGCAUCAAGGAAAAUGCCUCGGAGAUCGACGAGCGGCGCGUGCAGAGCUGCGUGCACUUCAUGACCCUGAAGAAGCUGAACCGCCUGGCCCACAUCCGGCUGAAGAAGGGCAGGGACCAGACCCACGAGGCAAAGCAGAAGGUUGAUGCCUAUCACUUGCAGCUCCAGAACCUCCUCUAUGAGGUGAUGCACCUGCAGAAAGAGAUCACCAAGUGCCUGGAAUUCAAAUCCAAACACGAGGAGAUCGAGCUGGUGAGCCUGGAGGAGUUCUACAAAGAGGCCCCCCCCGAGAUCAGCCGCCCUGCCAUCACCCUGAGCGAGCCCCACCAGCAGACCCUGGCCCGCCUGGACUGGGAGCUGGAGCAGCGCAAGAGGCUGGCAGAGAAGUACAAGGAGUGCCUGACCAGCAAGGAGAAGAUCCUGAAGGAGAUUGAGGUGAAGAAGGAAUAUCUGAGCAGCCUCCAGCCUCGACUCAACAGCAUCAUGCAGGCCUCCCUGCCUGUGCAGGAGUACCUGUUCAUGCCCUUCGACCAGGCUCACAAGCAGUAUGAGACCGCCCGGCACCUCCCGCCGCCUCUCUACGUCCUCUUCGUCCAAGCCAGUGCCUAUGGACAGGCCUGUGAUAAGAAGCUGGUGGUGGCCAUUGAAGGGAGUGUGGAGGAAGCCAAGGCCCUUUAUAAGCCACCUGAGGACUCGCAGGAUGAUGAGAGCGAUUCCGACGCAGAGGAGGAGCAAACCACGAAGCGGCGCAGGCCCACCCUGGGUGUGCAGCUGGAUGACAAACGCAAGGAGAUGCUGAAGAGACACCCCUUGUCUGUCACCCUGGACCUGAAGUGCAAAGAUGAGAACGUGCUUCACCUGACCUUCCACUACCUGAUGAACCUCAACGUCAUGACAGUGAAAGCCAAGGUGACCACUGCCAUGGAGAUGACCACAGCCAUCAGUGCUGGGGACCUGCUCUCCCCAGACUCCCUCCUCAACUGCCUCUAUCCAGGGGACCACGGGAGGAAAACGCCCAACCCUGCCAACCAGUUCCAGUUCGAUAAAGUGGGCAUUCUGACCCUGAGUGACUACGUAACAGAGCUGGGACACCCCUACGUGUGGGUGCAGAAGCUGGGCGGCCUGCAUUUCCCCAAGGAUCAGCCUCAGCACACGGUGGCUGCUGACAAUUCCCUGAGUGCCAGCCACAUGGAGCUGACAGUGAAGCUGCUCCGGAGCCGCCUGCAGUCCCGCCUGGCCCUGCACAAGCAGUUUGCAUCCCUUGAGCACGGUGUUGUGCCAGUGUCCAGCGAGUGCCAGCAGCUCUUCCCAACCAAAAUCGUCUCACGCCUGGUGAAGUGGACUGCCAUUCCCUAUGAGGAUUAUGCUGAGCUGCCCUACACUAAGGAUGUGAUAGAGGCUGGCUUGGCUGAAGACACUCACCUCUACUACAUGGCCCUGAUAGAGAGAGGAACAGCCAAGCUCCAGGCAGCUGUGGUGCUGAAUCCUGGUUAUUCCACGCUGCCUCCCGUCUUCAGCCUGUGCCUGAACUGGAAGGGAGAGAGGAAUAGCAGCAACGACGACAACAUUCGGGCCAUGGAGAGCGAGGUCAAUGUCUACUACAAGGAGCUGUGGGGGCCCAAACCUGGCUACCAGCUGCUCACCAACCAGCUGCAGCGCCUGUGCAUGGUGCUGGACGUGUACCUGGAGACAGAGCCCCACGAUCCCAGCGUGGAGGGGCCCAAGGAAUUCCCCCAGGAGAAGAUGUGUCUGCGCCUGGUCAGGGGUCCCCUGCGCCUGAAACCCUUCAAGUUCAACUACCCCCAGGGGUUCUUCAGCCACCGCUGAGCAGCCCUGGGCCUCAUUCUGGGAUGGGACUUGUUCACUCUGUAGGAGGAGGGUUCCCAUCCUGAUGUUUCUGCUCCUUUUACAGUAUUUUGUGGUUUGUUUGAAGAUUUUGUAGUCAAAGGGAUUAAACUGAGCUAAAGAAAAAAUGUGUGGGUGCCUUGU